GGCCUAAGGGAUAUUAAAUUUUAUCUAAAACCUAAAAUGUCUUGUUGAAUUAGACAUAUGGCAGACUUAUAAUUGGAUACUGUGUGAGUGUGAUCUUAUGGUUCUACAAGAUUUUUUCACAAUUAGACCAGUUUUCAUUCCAGAUGCAGGUAAAGCAAAGCAUAACCGAGGAUGGACAUCGUUACAUUUAGCAAGUUAUUUUGGACAUCUUGAUGUAGUUAACUAUCUUCUUUCAUCUAAUGCAAAUCCUGAUGUCAGAAAUUUUACUGGAGAUACUCCUUUACACAAAGCUGCAUUUACAAGUCGAGAAGAUGUUGUUCAUAAAAUAUUGAAAUAUAAUGCAAAUCUUUUCAUAAAAAAUGAUGAAAGAAAUAAAGCAAGUGAUGUUGCUUGUGAUCAGCAUAUCAAGAAUAUUUUACAAGCCACAGAGAAAACACAGAUCAAGAAAUUGUCUGAAAGAAUAUUAAACGCUGCUAAAGAUGGAAAUGUUGAUAUUAUUGUGGACACUUUAUCUACACAUCCAGAUAUUAUAAAUGCAAAUACAGCUGAUGAACUAGGAAAUACACCAUUACACUAUGCUGCUAUGAGAGAUAAUCAGUCAGUUGCAGUUUAUUUAUUACAUCACGGUGGCGAUUCUUCUAUAGCUAAUAAAGAAGGAAACACUGCCAUUGAUAUGUGCAAAACAGAACAACUACGCCGACUUCUUGAUGUUCAACCUAUACAAAACUCUGUUAAAUGUGUUCACAGAUUUGAAGGAUUUAUUUAUAGGAAACGUUUUAUUCGACCUCAACUACAUUGGGUUGUAAUAGACAAAGGUGUUCUAUCUUAUUUUGCACGACAUGCAGAUGCUGUUACUGGUAGUAAAAGAAGAAUGUUCAAGUAUUUAACUGAUGCAAAACUUACUGUGAGAGAAGACAACACACAUUCCUUUCAAAUAUUAUUUUUUGAUGAUUCAAUACAUUAUUUACAAGUUAAAAAAGGACCUGAAGCUCAUAUCAGCCGGCAGAAAUGGGCACAGGCGAUUCAACUGCAUAUAGACUAUAGUAGUCAUUAUGCAAGAGUUGGUAAAAUACAAGAUAGUGAAUCUGAAGAUGAAGACGAAACAAAUAAUGUAUUAUCUGUUGUUAAUAUACAAAAUACUGUGGAGACUGGUCUAGCUCAUCAUGAAUUACUUAAGAAACAAGUUGACGAAUUUGCAGUCGCUGUACAUAAAAUGGCAAUAUCAGAUACCUCACAAGCUGCACAAAUAUUGCUCGGCAAAUGUCAUCAGAUAUUGAGCAUAUCAAAUGAAAUGACAACAGCAUUCUCUUCCUGUCUAACAACAUUACAACAUCAAGACCAGGUUCGUAAAAUACAAUUAGGGCAAGAAAAAGAAAAAACAAGAGUUUGGCAACAAGCUUUUGAAGCUUUGGCCACAGAACAUCACAAAUUGGAACGUACAUUGUCCAGUCAUUCUCGUUCAUCGUUUACAAGAAUGUCGGCAUCUGGUGAUGGAAAGAUGGUUGAUGUUAAUGGCUGUGACAGACCAAGUACUGCUGGAUCAAGCGGAAGUGGAAUAGUAAGUGAUGAAGAUCAAUUCUAUGAUGCAUUUGAAUCAGAGGAGGAAGGAGAAUUUGAAUCUUCACCUCAGCAAGCAUCAGGAACAUCAGAAUCAUCAAAUCAAAUAAAUGACAACUUGAACAAUCAAAAAUCUACAAAUAGUAUUGUAGAAGCACAGACAUCAAAAAAUGGACAUGUUCAGAAAUUGUCACAUUAUGAACAUAAACAUAAAGAAGUUCAUGUUAAAAGAGGAAAAACUAAUUCUCACGUAGUUGAUGACAUUGAAAGUACAGUUGAAACUGUAAAAACUUCUCAUGGUACAAAAGCAGUACAUACAGAAAAACAUUUUCAUUCUGAAAAGGAAGUCAGGAGGAAAGAUGAAAAAGCAGUAGAAAGUGGGUCGAGUUCUGUAUCAUUAGUAAGCGACACAUCACAAGUAUUUCAAGAUUGUGUUGAAUUCACCUAUAGAGAGAAAUUACCAGUUGUAAUGUUUUCAAGAGAUGCUUUCAGCUUCUGGAGUAUUUUGAAGCAGUGUAUUGGGAAGGAAUUAUCCAAGAUUACAAUGCCUGUUAUAUUCAAUGAACCUCUAAGUUUUCUACAACGUUUUUCUGAAUAUAUGGAAUAUACACACCUACUUAGGGAAGCUUGCACCAUAAAAGAUUCAACAAAACGAUUAGAGAUUGUUGCAGCAUUCUCUGUAUCAGCUCUUGCGUCACAGUUGGGACGAGUCGGAAAACCGUAUAAUCCAUUACUUGGUGAAACUUUUGAGUGCAAUAGGCCAGACAUUGGAUUUUCCUGGGUAUCUGAGCAAGUAUCUCAUCAUCCACCAAUUUCGGCCUUUCAUGUGACUGGAACAAAUGCAGAAUUUGAUUUUCAUGGAAGUGUUAAUCCAAAACUUAAAUUCUGGGGGAAAAGUGUAGAAGUGGAGCCCAAAGGAUUAAUGACUCUAACAUUAAAUGAGUUAAAUGAAACCUUCACUUGGUCAAAUCCACAUUGCAGUGUUCAGAAUGUUGUUGUUGGUAAACCAUGGAUUGAACAACACGGUGUUGUUGAUAUAGUUAAUCAUAGUACAGAUGAAAAGUGUGUUUUGAAUUUCAAAUCCCACAGUUGGUUUCGACAUGAUAUUAACAAAGUCGAAGGAUAUAUCGUCAAUUCUAAAAAAAAGAAAUUGAGAUAUCUAGAAGGAGAUUGGACAACACAUAUGUAUUCACUGAGUCCCGAGGCUCAUGAGAAGUAUAAACGUGAAGUUAAUCCUGGGAAAGAAAGAAAAGGAUCUUCGAGUUUUCGAACUUCCACAACAGCAGCAGAGGUACUUGAUUCUUUGGAAAAAUCUAAAGACGAUGAUUGCAUCAAAAUAUGGGAAGUCAAAGAGAGACCUUCAUUUUCUAAAGAGUAUUAUAGUUUCACGAGUUAUGCGAUGACAUUGAACGAAUAUUCACCUGGUGAAGAAGAUAUCUUACCUCCAACAGAUACAAGGAAAAGACCUGAUGUUAGGUGCCAAGAAAAUGGUGAUAUUGAUGGUGCUGGUGAUCAGAAAUGGAGGUUGGAAGAAAAACAAAGAUCAGCAAGAAAACUCAGAAAUAAAAACAAGGAUGAAUGGACACCAAGAUGGUUCAGACAUGGAACCAAUCCUAUCACUGAUACCCCUGAUUGGAUAUUUGACACAAAGUACAAGAAACGAGACUGGUCAAACUGCCCUGAUAUAUUUUAAAUAUAGAGUAUUUCAAUGAAUAAAAUCUGAGAAGCAUCAUUGGUGAAGCUAGAUAGGUAGCAGUAUUAUUACCAGUUGGAAAAAUGAUGUCGUACAAAUCAAUAACAUCAUAGCAUCAUUUGGUCGACCUUCUAGGCAGAUCUCUAAGGUUGUUAAGUUUGAACACAUUCAUGAAUUUAUCACUGAAUGAAAUUGAGCUUGUUGGAAAAUUCUCACUUUAAUACAUAGUCAAUCGUUUUUUCUCAUGUUUCCUGCCUGUGGGUAAUCCUUGUGGCACACCAAAUAUCACAAUAUAAAAUCUACUACCUUUUGUGUGGAACUUUGGUUUAAAGUACCUAAAUGUGGAUUGAUUCAAUUUUCGCUUUAAUAUAUAAGAUGUUUAUCAUUAUGCUUUUAUGCCAAAGCUUUUUUUCUUCUAGUACUAAAUCGAAUCAAUGUAUUUUUCUAAUUAGAAUUAUAUUCACCAUUGUUUUGAAAAAAUGAAUAAAGAUAUUUAGACAGUCUGCUAGUUAGGGUUUUGCCGCAACCAUGUGUUCAGCUGCUUGAAUUUAGUAUUGUGUGAAAAUUCUGCAUAUUCCAUUCAUCUGAUGGGUAUUUUAUAAUCAAUUUCAAUCUUUGGUUAGAUCAUAACAACACCCUCCAGUAAACAAUUGGUUUGGCAAAACAAGUUCGAAAAAGCAGUUAAAAUAUAUUUCUUUUGAAUAUUCUGGAAUACCCAGUGGCAUGUUAAUAUGCUAUCUUAAAUGAUCACAUUGUCUAAAAAUACUCAUUUCGUAUAAAAAUUCGUUCUUUUGUGGAAUUGCUUUUUUUAUUUUUACAUUUUUAGUUUAAAAAUUAUUCCAGCAUAUCUUUGAUUUGAAAAUAAACUCUGAUAAAUUCAAUAUUGAAAAUUGGUACGAUAUUUUGUAAAUCGUGAUAAAGUACGUAAAUAUACUUUUGUGGUUUUUAUCAUCACCUUCAAAUUGUGAUAGAGUAGUUUUGGUUUCUUCGAUGUCCAAUAAUUUUUGGUAAUGGCUCAGAAUGCUUAAUGUAUUUGGCAUCAUCAUCAUGUCUCAAAAUCUCAAUAUCUGAGUUUUCUAACUGCUAUAUAUGCUUGUUAUUGUACAGGCUAAUAAUAGUUUGUGUACCUAUAUCUGUAUAUUUUUCAAAUUGCUUUCAAUAAUUAUAUUGUGAGAUAUGCAAAUAAAUGAUAUGGUCAAUUAA